AUGGCUAGUCAACCAGAGGGCGUGGCUUACACUGUCAAUGAUCAUCAUAAUGAACAGCAUAUACCAAACCGUCCACAGACAAGCCAGCGGAAAUCCUCCUUCUCAGAAGCCCUCACCAAACUCACCUCAAAUACCUUCAAUAGACGGCGUACAAAUACAGGCAUCCCAAGCUCUACUUCUUCAAUUGCCAUCAACCACCAUUCUCGCAUACCAACUCCAGCGGGCAUCGACCGUAGCACCUCAUUCUUCAGCACCCUUAACACCUUUGCUUCCAAGUCCACCACAUCUACGAGCGAGGAAAGCCCACAGCCACCCCUCACCAAACGCUCUCGCAAGAUCUCUGAACGUUUAGCUCAGACUCCAUUCUUCAGUCACCAGCAUCAGCAACAGUGCGCCUUGACACCUAGAAAUAACCGCGAAUCAAGCGUCAAAAUCGAGCAACGAGGCCUAAUGCAGCCAGUUCAUCCGCCGCUGCCUCGCAGCAACACGAUCGGUAACCUCGGCCAAAGCCAACAGAGCUCACCUCACACGCCUGGCUUCAUGCGUCCGACAACCAGCAGCGCUCGUCGUAGCAGCACAAUGGGACGCAGUAAUACCGCAGCACCUAGCAGCAUGGCGGGGGGUAGCAGUAUUGCAGUGCAAUGCCAGAGGAAUUCUUCUCUACGUACCAUCACAGGCUCCAGCACUCCGAGCAAGACCCCAACACAGGCACGUCAAGUCCCAGCCGACGCGUUCCCCGCCCGUAACGACAGUCUCGUAUCUGCUCCCAGCAUGACAGACGGGCCAGGGCCAGCUUCCGAAUCAGAGACUAACUCAACUGAUUACAGCGAUGGAGCGAAUUUUCAGGUCACUAAUCAGCAUGCUGAUGAGAUAGUUAUGACCAAAGAGAGCGAUAACGGUAAGCCCAAGGCAUCGGCUGACCACAUGUAUCAAAUUCGCCGAGGUCCUCAAGCCAAAGACGCCAAGAGAGGCAUCUUGAAGUCCAACAACAAGAACCACAAUCUCAGCGAAGAUCUCAGCAACCUCUACGUCGACGGCGAGGUGGAUAGCAGCAAGGGGGAGCGCGAUAUCGAUGAAAUGAAGGCUCGCAGCGAUCAAGGUACACUGGAGUAUUCAGAACGUACAGGAUCUCCUGAAUCUUCGAACCCGCGUUUGGUAAGGAUCUUCCCCACUCCACUCAUUCUUAUCCCCUUGCAUCCUCUCCUCGUUGUGACCCCUCUGAAACCCCUUCCCCCUAGUUCCUCCCAGCUAAUGCACCACCACCGCCAGAUCCAUGAAGCCCAGGCCCCCAUGUGGUGGCUAGGCCGCUACACGGCCCUCUCAGACCGUUUCCGCACCAGUGCCCUUCCCUCCCCGCCCUCUUCGCCCUCCAGACCCCAAUCCUCUAAAACCGAAUUCUCCUCUAUGAACGAAUCCUCUCAAACUGGGCUUACCUCAGCCUCCAGCUCCAACGCAAACCACCCCAUGCAUGACACGGAUCGCCGCAACCGCCGCGUCUACAUCCACCUGCGCUCUCUCUGCACGACCGAGGAGGCGCGCGCCAGCUUGGACGAAUUCAAGGGGAUCAUGGAAGCGAGGGAGAAGAAGAUAACAGCGGGUUCGCAAGGCAAAACUGUGAAGGAAAAGCAGGGGUGGUUGGAGGGGUUGAUGGGGAAGAAGAAAAAGGGGGAGAAGUGA